GCAAACAGUGUUUUCCCGGUGCAAAAAAAAAAAAUAGCAGUAGAGAUGGCACGUAGAACAAUUGUGUUGAGCCUCAUCCUUGGCUUACUGGCUGCUGCCAAUGCGGUGCCCUUUGAUUUCUUUUACCUUAUCCUCAUGUGGCCUGGAGCAUACUGCGAGGACAGCGACAACGGCUGCUGCGUGCCCAAGUACGGCUACCCGGCGGAGGAUUUCUUCGUGAAGAGCUUCCAAACCUUCGACCUGUCCAUUAACAAGCCCAUCGUCAGGUGCAGGAACGGUGCACCCUUCGACAACCGCAAGAUGAACAAGAUUGAGAACGGCAUCAACCACUACUGGAGCAACAUCAAGUGCCCGCCCACCGACGGCAUGAACACCUGGAAGAGCGAGUGGAACAGCUACGGCGUCUGCUCGGGCCUGGCGCAGCUGGACUACUUCAAGGCCGCCCUCGGCCUGAGGACGCAGGCGGGCAUCCUCGCCGCGCUGGCCGACCAGGGCAUCAAGCCGGACUACAAGCUCUACGCCACGGCGAAGAUCAAGUCGGCCAUCACCAAGAAGCUCGGCGUCGCGCCGGGGCUGCAGUGCAAGGACGGGCCCUUCGGGAAGAAGCAGCUGUACGAGAUUUACCUCUGCGCGAGCACGGACGGCAAGUCAUUCAUCGAGUGCCCCAAGCUGCCGGCGACGCUCAGCUGCCCCGACGCCGUCGUCUUCCACCCCUUCUACACCUGGAUGCUCAACUCCACCGCCGCCGCCUUCGACUCCAGGAUCCUGCUCCCCACGGAGACCAUGCUGAACUGAUGAGCGGACCGGGUGGAUUCCAACUUCCAAGCGCCAGCUUGCUUGCUUGCAAGCGCAUUCGUGCCUGCAAGCAAGCGUGCAGGAGGUGGUCGUGGAAUAUAAACUACUGUAUCGUGCUUUCUGAUGGAGUUUAUUAAUGUACUCUCGUCAAAUCGGCCGACGGAGAAGAGCACCGUGUGCCUAUUGCUCUCGGUGAGAAUAAGCCGCUGCCUUUUUUUUUUGUCGCCCUAGUAAAUAAUCCAUCUCAUGUACUUCCUUCGUUCCAAAUUAUUAUUUAUUUUAACUUUUCUAAAUACAUCAUUUUUAGUAUAUACCUAGACAUAAAUAUAUAUCUAGGUGCAUAUGAAAAGGUGUGUAUCUAGAAAAGCCAAAAUAAAUAGUAAUUUGGGACGGAGGGAGUAUAUGUGACAUAAGUAAAAUCGUUCAGAUCGCACGUACUACAUGUGUAAUAGUAACUAUACAAGAGUGUUAUAUGCUACAAUGGAUCGUGUUGUGUUU